AUGCUGCAGAAAAAUAUCAGCGAUGCUGGAUUGCCUUCUAAAAAACGAAAAGAGUCUGAAGGAAGUUUACUUAUGGGCAGUAAUAGCAGCCGUGAUAGGCUGGUUCCAAAGAGAAAAGGUAGUAAUCAUCAUUCGGAUCGUUCAAUGAUGGGUGUAUUAUCGGCUGUAGGAGGUGGUUCUAGUUCAAGUGCUAGUUCUGCAAACGGUGGGGGUCAUGGAAGUAAGCUUGUUUCUUCGAGUUUUAGUGAUAGACUUGGUUCUAAGAGUACGAGUCGUGAUCAUGAACAGGACCGGCGGAAUGGAGUUCAUGACACCGCUCGUGAUAAAGCUCGUGAUGGUGGUCGUAAUAAUACCCGUGACAUCAACAACGGUCGUGACUGGACACGUGCUCAAGUGUUUGGGAUACUCGAACAUCAGAAAAAUGAUUUACUGCCCAAGAACAGGAGUCUUCUCUCUGAUGUUCCCAGUAAGAAAUCAUUAGCGUCCGCAACAUCACAAACUUUAGCAUUACCGACACAAGCAUCAUUAAUCUCAUCAUCGCGGCCACGCACAUCGAUGCCUAUACUAGGUGCAGGACUUAGCGCAAAAGACCAGAAAGUUGGAAUUGCAAUCUGUCAGUUGGGUCCUUUUGAACUGGAUGCCACUACUCUUCACAUAAGAACCACUAGGAGCCAGCAAGCAAAUGGCAAUUCCAGUCAAGUGGGUUAUCAAUGGAUUGUGGAACUUUCACCUAGUGGGGCAUUAAAAUAUCCUGGUCUUGAUAUUAAUGCACUAUCGGUUAUUGAUGAGAAGAACUUUGAGCAGGUCAAAUACCAUGUUUUAACUGAUAUUCUUGUUCAAGAUAGAAUCGAUGUGCUGCUAGAAUUUAGGCACCCUCUGGUGUUACGUUUCAAGGGGUCCGAUUUGAGCAUUGAUCGCUAUUUUCUGCAAUUGACCAAGAAAGAGGGGAAUUGUGCACCAAUAUCAUUUAUGAGUGAAUUAAAGUCCCGUAGAGCGCAUGUUGUGCAGGGCAAUAAGGUUCAAAUUGACAACGCAUUAAAAGCUAUGAGAGUUGAUCUUCCUGGACGUGAUUUACUGGAGGGACUGAAAUAUGGUCGAGGUCGAAUGGUUGCGACACCGACAAGUGAAGGGGCUAACGACUUGUUAAAGCCUGCUGUAUCAGACCGUAAAUCCGGCAGUGUAUUCGAUGUUUCUGGGUCAGCGUCAAAGAACAGCAAAGGAGGUUCUGGGGAGUCCAGACAGAGCAUGGGUGUUUUACCAUCGAGCAGUCCAAGCCGGAAUCCUAAUACUAGUGUACAUGGCCGGAGUGAAACUCGCACUCCGCUCACUAUUUCAGAAAACAAUCCUGGAGAAUCAGUUUCUGAUGAUUCUGCUGGAAUCUCUGCUAAGACCCCUGUUAAGACGUCUACCAAAUCUAUUUAUUCUGCUGCUGAUACUCCUAGAUCUUUGCGACAGGGAGGCUCCAGUCGAUCUGUUACUCCACAGUUGGCUGUCGACGGUGAAGAGCAUAAUUCUUCUCGUACUGCCACUCCAGAAUCUACUCAAGUUGUAUCAACCCCUGGAAACAGUCGGGACGGGGCCCGUGAAUCUACCCCAGAGAAUACGCCUGAAUCUUCUCGUACACCCAAACUGCUGUCAUUAGCAGCUCGCGUUGCAAAACUUUCAUUGCGUGGAACAUUUUGUUAUCAGUUUCCUGACAAGAAAUCAGUCGAUGUCACAGAAGCUGAUUAUAGAAGUCUGGAUUCGAAUUCGUUCUUGAACGAUACAAUUCUCAAUUUGUUUCUGCGAAUGGCACUUUUUGAUUCAAUGAAGAGCGAUCCAGCUAUUGCAAACUCGACGCAUUUGUUUAAUAGUUUUUUCUACGAUAAGUUGGGGGAGAAGAAGGAUGAAUAUGGACGACCUUCGUAUGAAGUAGCUAUGCGAUGGACUUCAAAGGUUGAUUUAUUUUCUAAGAAGUACGUGAUUUUGCCUAUAAACGAGGCCAUGCACUGGUAUGUGGCCAUUAUCUAUAAUCUCCCGUCAUUGCUGAAGAAACCAGGAGAUUCCGAUUCACAGGCUGUAGCCAGUCCAAGUAGUGAUGUGGUAAUGGGAGAAGCAGUUGAUAGUCCAGAUUCGAGUCUUGGAUCUGUUGGUGGCAGUCUCAAUAGCAAGGCAGUUUCAGCAAGCCCAGAACCGGGUCAGUCUGGCGACGAUUACUCUACAACACAAGUGCGGUCGUUGCGUUAUCGAUCAGUCCGAACUAUAACUCCUGCGAGUCGUACCAGGUCGAGGGUUAUCAACAUCGAUGACGAUGACGGGCCAGUUAUUUUCAUUCUCGACUCCUUGAAAACGAGCCAAUUCAGAAAUAAUCAAGUAUCCCGCAAAGUUAAAGACUAUAUUGUUGCCGAAGCAAAAGCCCGUUACAACAUCACAGUAAACAAGGAGACUAUUCGGUCAAAGUCAGCAUCUGUUCCCCAACAAGAUAACUACUGUGACUGUGGAAUAUACGUCAUUCACUAUAUUGAACAAUUUUUGAGCAACCCCCAAAUGUUUAUACGUCUGAUGGCCAGUGCGACCGAUGCUGCUAAGAAAGAACUCCAGGUGGCGUGGGAGGCCGACAAAAUCAAAAACAAACGUGCCAAGCUCAAGUUGAAAACACUGAAUCUGGAGGCUAUCACCAGAGGAGAACAUGUACCGCCAAAAGUUCUCGAGUUGACCAAAGAAUCGGAUGAAUUAGCUUCUCCUAAUGCUGUUGGCUCUGGUGCAGGUGAUGAAGAUGGAGCUGAUUCGGACGAAGAUAUGAUAACGGAUUUAAAAGACGUUCAGCCACAGCUGACUACGACCACACCAUCAUCACCAACUCGAGCGGCCACUGUAUCUCGUGCGAGUUCUCGACCGGGCACACCAAGUCACACAAACAAUUCUUCGUCACCAGCUCAUAAAUCUUCUCUCGUUCAAGACACUGUGACCAAUUCCAAACCCACAAAAGCAGGUUCCUCAUCCGCUAGUACUCUAAUCGAUGUGUCGGGACACGAUGUCGACAUUCUCCCGAAAUCCAGUCUUAACUUUUCCAAAACUAAUGGUGCAUCUGAGACGAAAUCAAGGAGCGCCCUAGCCUCGUUAUCUCUAGAAGAAACCGAUCCAUUCACUUCAGAUACUGGUAAAAGUCAUGAGAACAACGACAGUGGAUCCCAUCUAGACAGCAUCAACAACAGCGACGAGAAAAAUAACAGCCACGACGACGACGACGAUGACGACGAUGAUAUCCUGGUCGUCAGCGCCGAAAGAAUUAAACAUCCAAACGCGACCCGUAAAUCUAACCGCAUCGCAUCCCGCCUCAUCUAA